ACAGUACUUUGCCACAAAUGAUCAAUAUUUGAAAUGCAGAAUAGAGUCCAGGAAGAAAGCUCCAAAUAUCGGGGGCAAACACGGCGCACCGAACGGGGGAACGGCACUACUGAAAACUGUGUAAUGAAGGCUGGUGUUUCAAAGCCUGCGUGUUAGCAAUCAGCCGAGGGAGGCGGAUUGCUGUUACUACACUCCGGAAAAAAGCAACAGCGCAGUCUCCUUUUUCAUCAAGCUGCUUGCUCUCGUAAUGCGGCGAUCGUCAUUGUUGGGCCUGGGCCUCCCCUCCUCCUCUUCGUUCCGUCUGCCCUGGCUCCCCCCCCACACACAUACACACCGUAGAUGUAGCAGUCGGGCUGACCGACGCCUUUACUCGGCGGAUAAGCGCUGCAUUCCACAUCUCGGAGUACUUUUGAGGCUGUUAGACUGGAAAUAUACACCUAAGUCGGAUUGAAACUAAAGAAGACAAUUCGAAAUACGAAGGAAAGUAUGCUGGCAUGGCUGAGUGACUGGUUCUGGCAGGAGCGGUUGUGGUUCCCUGAGGGACUUGGCUGGAAAGACCUACAGGACCAGGAUGGUCGGGUCUAUGCCAAGGCGGAGGACCUGUGGGUUGUUAUCCCGCUUGCCCUGGGCUUCCUCUUAGUGCGGCAGAUCUUCGAGAGGACGGUGGCCACUCCACUUGCAUCUCUCCUGGGAGUGAGGGACAGAAUUCGCUCCAGAGCAGCACACAACCCCACUCUGGAGACCUACUACUGCAACACAACAAAACACCCAACACAGAGUUCUGUGGAGAAUUUGAGUAAAGUGACGGGCUGCUCAGUGCGUCACAUCCAACGAUGGUUCCGACGGCGCCGAAAUCAGGACCGACCCAGUCUCCUCAAGAAGUUUCGGGAAGCAAGUUGGAGAUUUACCUUUUACCUUGUUGCUUUCAUUGCUGGCCUGGCUGCACUCAUUGAUAAACCAUGGCUGUAUGACUUUAAGGAAAUGUGGAAGGGAUUCCCCACCCUGACACUGCUUCCAUCGCAGUACUGGUACUACAUGCUGGAGUUGGCCUUCUACACCUCCCUGCUCGUUAGUGUGGCAUCGGACGUCAAGCGAAAAGAUUUCAAGGAGCAGAUUGUUCACCACGUGGCCACCAUCACGCUCAUUAGUUUCUCCUGGUGCGUCAACUACAUCCGCGCGGGGACCUUGAUCAUGCUGAUACACGAUGCAUCAGACUACCUGCUGGAGUCAGCGAAGAUGCUGAACUAUGCCGGCUGGAAGAACACCUGCAACUGCAUCUUCAUCAUCUUUGCUGCCAUCUUCAUAGUGACCCGCCUCGUUAUCUUCCCCUUCUGGAUAAUGUACUGCACCUGGGUGUACCCCGUGACGCUCUACCCCCCUUUCUUCGGGUAUUACUUCUUCAACGGGCUGCUGCUGGUCCUACAGUUUCUGCACAUCUUCUGGGCCAUCCUCAUCGUUCGAAUGGCCAUCAAAUUCAUCACCAACAAUGAAAUUGUGGAGGAUGAAAGGAGUGACAGGGAGGAAACAGACGAGUCGGGGGAUGAGGAUGAGAAGGAGGGGGAGAACUGCAAGGUGAAGAAGAAUGGGCCGGUGCUGAACGGCCAUCCAGUCCUCAACAACAAUCACCACAAGGCAGAGUGAGGCCUGUGAGGAGUGUGGACGAGACUACCGGCAAGGACAUGGGGAGGACAUCGACUGAAGGAAGGAGGCGUUUCAACAAGAAACGGAAACGGACUCACAUCACCUCACACGAGACAGCACACACAGGCCAGCACAGACCCACCCACACACACACACACGCAGCUGCAACAACAAAACCCACGAAAAACAAGGAUCCAUCAUUCAUGGUUUCCGUUAACCCAGUGCAUCACACUAAUGGAGGCCAGUCUCCUGAGGUACAGCAUAGAGGUGGAGGAGUAAUAAAAUGGGGAAGGAUGAGAUGGAGAGAGGAGCGGCUGCUACGUUCGUUUUAGCCUUAAGUGCCUUAAUACCAGGCAGAUGUCUUCUCUUCUUUAUUCUUUUCUCUCCUUUUCUAAACUCUGCCUUGUCCCCCCGCCCACUGCCCGUGUCCCAUGGAGCUGCAUCACACAGUGCUGAUUCUCACAGUUUGUCCACCUGCUUUACCAGCUCUCUGAGCCGUACACGAGGGACGUCUUGCUUAAACUCUGCACUCAUGCGUGGUACUUCAGGACCCUAAGUGUCAGCUUUCCACUUUACUCCUUCGGCAUCAGGGAAACAAGCCCCCCUGCCCUCCCCCCCAGCUAGUAUACAUAACUGGUCCAGGAAUACUACUGGCAGCACAUCUUACUCAGUGGAAGAGUACCUGUUACAUUUAAUGCAUCAGUCUACUAUCUUUUUGGGUAACAUGAUAACAAUUUUUAUACAGUUUUUCCAUUGAGAAUAAUGCAUAUUUCUGAGCAUUUCUAAUAACUAUUUCCAAUGGUGCUGUUUUUUUGUCCUUAUCUUGGGGGGGUGUAACAAAAAUCUUUUUUGGGUUAUGUGUCUCAACAUUUUUUCUGUGCUUUGGUCUUAAACACAGACCCUUCCCAAGAACCGAAAGCUCACUGUUUGAAGUCUUUAUGUUUUACAAGUAUUUCCCAUAGCAGGACUGGUUAUUCUUAUUAAAUUAAUUUGUACUGGGAACUCAAGAAAAGCCCAUGUCUGUCUCUUGGCAAAUUGUGAGAAUGAGUUCAUUUUACCUUCCUGUAGUGUUCUGAUCCACUCUUGUGGUGUGAUGUAAUCUGGUACAUUUAUAUGCAGUAUACUUGCUUGUAUUGGGGAUGUAAUGUACCACGAGGCGUAUGGCGUUACUGCAGGUCAGAACGGAAUAACACUAUCCGGAGAUGACAAUUACCUAUCAUGACAGAGCCAGACUUUUAUCUUCUGAUUAUAAAUUUGUUAAUGAUUCCAAUUUAAAAAAAAAAAAAAAAACAGGUUUACAGUUUUUAAAAUUUCUGAGAAAAAUUCAAUAGCAUUAAUACUAAUGACGAACAUGGUGAAUAACAGGGUUUUUCCCCCUUUAUCUGUUGCAUAGUUGCCUCGUGUUGACUGUCAUAGUUUGCCUGGCAUUUCACUUCUUACCUGCUUUCGUCAUCUUUAUUUCUUUCUAUCUCCUUCCUCCUGUUCCUCUACCCUGUCCUAUUCCCAUGCACUUGUCCUGCACAUCGUUUGCUAACCAUGCCCAGACCUCCAGCUUUUUAAAGCAGUUGCCAUCAAAACAUCAGUGUCCUAAUUACAUUAUUUGUUUAGUAUUUUUGUUAUUGUGCAAAAAAUAAUUAAUAAAACAUAACUGUAAAUCACAA